AUGGAACAGAGACUAUGGAUGGUAGUUUUGGCGGUUGACGGAGAAGGGGGGCUUCGGCUGGAGUAUGAUUCAGUGACCCUCUCUAUCUCUGUUUCUUCACUGCCUUCGUCGCAACCUCCUCGUCUCCCAUCAAGACCGGGUGCAAAACCACACUAUCAUCUGAAGGUGCUGUUUCUUACAGGAGCUGCAGAUUCAACUCAGCCUUCUACUAUUGCCUCGUCGUCUUCAGCCAGAACUCUUGUCUCAUUUGGUGUUGUCAGACUGGGCUAUGGGAUUUCAGUGCUGUUGCGACAAUGUAAUUUUUCUUUUCCUUUGACUGGUAGAGCAUGCAGAACUGAAGCCAGUACACCAUGCCUUACUUAUUCUGAUGCUCUAAUGUUAAGGGAAACAAGUGCCACUCCAAUCCUUAAACAGGUCAAGUGUGAUGUUACAAGAUACCGAUAUAGAGAUGAGCAGCAUUUGGAUGAGGCAUUGAAACGAAAUUUUCAGUAUGGUCAGGGUGGAGGAAUUCCAAAGAGGAGUGCGCCUAUUCUACACAUGAUUCGUGAAGAGGUAUGUUUCUUAAUAUGCAUUAAGAAACAACAAAUGUUGAUUGGUCUACAUAGUAAAAUUAUCUGAAUUACUGGAUGCUGUUUUUUUUCUGGGGCAUCUAUCUGUAUUUGAAAAGUUUAAAAAUGAAAGAGUUGAAUUCAGUUUAGUUCAA